AUGGGGUUAUUAUCUGACAAUUCACAAGUGGAAGGAGGGUUAGUAGAAAAUUCAGAGAAAAAUAGAAAAUGGGUGAUCAAUUUAAGAACACCAUUGAAUUUGAAGCCAAUACAUACAAUCCCUUUGGAGAAAAGUAAACAAGAGGAAAGUGGCAUGGAGGAAGAGUGUUCAACAACACCAAGAGGGGAAGGAUCAAGGAUUCCAACAACUUUGAUAUGUCCACCGGCUCCGAGGAAACGAAAAGCUUCUUUGAAAUGGAAUUAUCGCGGAAAAGCAAGAGAGUUUUUCACUCCACCUGAGUUAGAAACUGUGUUCAUACGCCAUGUUGAAAGGGCUAUAGCUAAUUGA